GUGCCAGGCGACCGAUAAUCUGAUCAAUAAUACGCUUCUGUUUUGUAUCCGUCAUAUGCCUUCUGGUAUUGUGUUUGCAUAUGGGUCUUUUUGGUAUUAGGCGGUAAUCCAAUGGACGGAGGGUUUGUCUGCAUGCUUGGCCGAUCACCCCUGAUGGAUUGCAUUUUGCAGCCUGACCACUCAGGCAGAUUGUCCAAUCUUAUACAGGACUCUAUUGAGAUUGUUUACCCCUCAAUGGGCCUCUAAUAUUACUGUGUUUGUUUUCUAGAAAUUUUUCUUCAAUUAUUUUGCUCACUGUCAGGUUCACCCCGAGCAAACUUGAUCGGGCCAGACAAGUCGACCACUCCCAAUCUGACAUUAGCGUCAUUUGCCCCUCGAAACCAACCAGCAAAAGGGUAAAAAAAAAAAAAAAAAAAAAAGAGAGAACCCCACCAAAAAGGUUGGUCAAGAAAAACGGGUGGCACUAAAACUUCAAAUAUAAUUCCCCUCUUUCUUCCUUCUCUUUUCUUUCCUCCUGUCUAGCCGUGUGCCAUCUCACUCUCAUUUCCUCCUCAUUUUCUUCUCUUCUUGUUACUUAGGUUAUUCCUAUUCAUCUAUCAAAAUGAUCAUCUACGAGGAUAUUCUGACCGGCGAUGAGAUUAUCUCCGACACCUUCAAGCUAAAGGAGGUCGACAACGUCCUCUUCGAGUGCGACUGCAGAAAUAUCACGAAGAAGCUGAACGAAGAUAUCCAGCUCGAUGGUGCCAACCCCUCCGCUGAGGGUGGUGAUGAGGACGCUGGUGGUGAUGCCGACACGGUUCAGGUCCUCGACAUUGUGGACAACUUCCGUCUUCAGGAAUACCCGAAGCUCGAGAAGGAUGAAUACAAGAAGUACAUUAAGAGCUACAUGAAGAAGAUUCUCAAGGCUCUUGAGGAAAAGGGCGCACCCAAGGAAACGAUCGACGAGUUUAAGAACAAUGCCCAAACUGGCCUCAAGAGGAUCCUUGCCAACUACAAGAACUACGAUGUCUUCGUCGGUGAAUCCUUUGAUGGUGAAGCUAUGCAAGUUCUCGUUGACUACCGCGAGGAUGGUGUCACCCCCUACGCCACUUUCUGGAAGCACGGUCUUAAGGAAAACAAGGUCUAGAUUUCUCUACAGUUUGCUGUGAAUAAUGUCUUGGAAUGAAAGAAGGAAGGUGCUGGAGAACGCGAACAUCCUAAUUCUACCAGAGCAAGUGGGAAUGUGAAAACCUUCCAAGGCACCCCUCGGUCUCACAUCCUAGUUUUCUACUAUAGCCCCUCUAUAUCGCUUACUCGGUAUCCUGCUUGAUAUCAGUCACGCCUCAUGAAUCCCAAAGCUGUUAUGUCUCUUUCUGCAUUAUCAUGCGCCCUACACUAGGAUAUCAAAACUUACAUAUCGUCCGCUUUUGUCCGCCAUUGCAUCCAGAAUCUGGACGGGUAAAUAAAAUAUCAGUUUGACGGCCUGUUCUUCAGGACUACCGGUUUCCAAA